UCUUCUUCCCGCGUUCCACCGGUUGCCUUGGAGACGGAGUGGGCGCAUCCAAGCGUCUAGGGGAGCUGCGCUCCAGGACCGCGGGGCUUCUAGUCCUCCAGGUGGGCCGGGCGCGGUCUGUUUCCCCCGGGCCGCGCUGUGGCCUGCUCCGCCGGGAGGCCAGACUGCUCUGGACCAAGCCCAGCUCACCCGUCGCUUGUCCCCACCAUCCUCCAGCUGGAGAUGCUGUUUUAGCACAUAUAAGAAAUCAUCCGUGACAUGGAAAAUUUCAUCCUGUAUGAGGAGAUUGGCAGAGGCAGCAAAACUGUUGUCUAUAAAGGGCGUCGGAAGGGAACCAUCAAUUUUGUCGCCAUUCUUUGUACUGAAAAGUAUAAACGGCCUGAAAUAACCAACUGGGUCCGUCUCACUCAUGAAAUUAAACACAAGAACAUUGUGACUUUUCACGAAUGGUAUGAGACCAGCAAUCAUCUCUGGAUGGUGGUGGAGCUGUGCACAGGUGGUUCUUUAGCGACAGUGAUUGCUCAGGAUGAAAACCUUCCUGAAGAUGUUGUGAGAGAAUUCGGGGUUGACCUGAUCACUGGGUUGCACCAUCUCCACAAGCUUAACAUCCUCUUCUGUGACCUUUCUCCUGGGAAGAUACUUUUGGAAGGGCCUGGCACAUUGAAGUUUAGCAAUUUUUGCCUGGCAAAAGUGGAAGGUGAGAAUCUGGAGGAGUUCUUUUCUUUGGUGGCAGCAGAGGAAGGAGGAGGUGACAGCGGAGAAAACAUGCUGAAGAAAGGCAUGAAAGGUAGAGUCAAAGGCUCUCCGCUCUAUAGAGCACCAGAAAUCAUCAAGGGGACCGACUUCUCCAUCACCAGUGACCUCUGGUCUUUGGGCUGUCUGCUUUAUGAAUUGUUUUCAGGGAAACCUCCAUUCUUCUCAGAGACGGUUUCAGAAUUAGUUGAGAAGAUUUUGUAUGAAGAUCCGUUGCCACCCAUCCCAAAAGAUUCUUCACUUCCCAAGGCAUCCUCAGAUUUUAUUCAUCUGCUUGAUGGAUUACUUCAAAAAGAUCCUCAGAAGAGAUUAACCUGGGAGGGAGUGCUGCAACAUCCGUUUUGGAAGGACGCCCUCCGGAGACAUGACCAGGACUCUGCCUCUGAGGACUCAGGCUUCAGCAGAAAUAUCAUGGAAUGUUCUGGACCACAUCAUUCCAGAGAGCUUUUGCAGAGCCCUCAGAAUGUACAAGCCAAAGGACAGAAGGCAGGUCAGCGGCUGAGUCAGCCUUUCAGGCAAGAUAAUCCAACUGAGUUGCGGCCAAAGAGUAUCUCCCAGGGCCAAUUGAAUGAAUCCAUUUUUCUCCUCAGCUCUCGGCCCACUCCUAGAACUAGCACCACAGUGGGGUUGAGUCCUGGAGCGGAUGGGAGCCCGAGCUCACCACCGAAGACAUCUCCUUUAUCCAAGAUGACACGUGGGCACGUGAGCCAGGGAACCCUGGAAUCCCAGAUGAGAGAGCUGAUCUACACGGAAUCAGAUCUUGUCAUCACCCCGAUUAUUGACAAUCCCAAGAUAAUGAAGCAACCUGCAAUCAAAUUUGACCCCAAAAUAUUGCACCUGCCAGUAUAUUCAGUGGAGAAGUUGUUAGUUCUGAAAGACCAGGACUGGAACGACUUUCUGCAGCAGGUGUGCUCCCAGAUUGACUCCAGUGAGAAGAGCACCAGUGCAGCACGGGGCAAGUUCAACCUGCUGUGCUACCUGUGCAUGGCAGCCACGCACAAAGAGGUGGCCACCAAGCUGCUCCAUUCCUCUCUGUUCCAGCUGCUAAUCCAGCAUUUGCGAGUAGCUCCAAACUGGGACAUACGGUCCAAGGUUGCUCGAGUGAUUGGUUUGCUGGCCUCACACACAGCGGAGCUUCAGGAAAAUGUACCUGUUAUUGAGGCAAUUACUCUGUUAACGGAAUUAAUUAGGGAGAACUUCAGGAACAGCAAAUUAAAGCAGUGCCUUUUACCAACCCUCGGGGAGCUGAUCUAUCUUGUAGCCACCCAGGAAGAAAAAAAACAGCACCCCAGAGAAUGCUGGGCCAUUCCCUUGGCUGCAUACACCGUGAUAAUGAGGUGCCUUCGGGAAGGGGAAGAACUUGUUGUGAAUCACAUGGCAGCAAAGAUUAUUGAGAACGUCUGCACCACGUUUUCUGCUCAGGCACAGGGCUUCAUUACUGGAGAAAUUGGGCCCGUUUUAUGGUACCUGUUCAGACAUUCCACUGUCGAUUCUCUGAGGAUAACAGCGAUAUCGGCCUUGUGCAGAAUCACUCGGCAGUCUCCUGCUGCCUUCCAGAAUGUCAUGGAGAAGGUGGGGCUGAAUUCGGUCAUUGGCUCCUUGGCAUCCGCCACCUGCAAAGUACAACACUGCAUGCUCACCCUGUUUGCUGCCAUGCUGUCCUGUAGGAUUCAUCUGCAGCGUCUCAUCCAGGAAAAGCAAUACCCUAGCCCUCAAAUCAGAGUGUUGUCAACUCAUGCUGAUUGUAUCAGUAGCUCUGCUUUUAUUUUCAUACUCUGGAAAUUGUUAUUGAAUAUGUCAAUGCUAAUUCUUGGAGCUCAGUCAAGGCUGGUGAUGUACAUUGAGAGAGACAGCAGAAAGACCUCUCCAGACAAGGAGCCGCCGAGUGGGAGCGAAUACCUGUCCAGAUGUCUGGAUCUCCUCAUCCAUCACAUCGUGCAGGAGCCGCCACUAAUCCUGGGUGACAUUCUCAAUGCCCUGGCCAAUGUAUCUGGUCGCAAACACCCAUCCACCGUGCAGGGAAAGCAGCUGAAGGUGUGCCUCCCCAUGAUGCCCGUGGUGCUGCACCUGGUCAUGUCUCAGGUGUUUCGACCUCAAGUCGUGACAGAGGAGUUUCUGUUCAGCUAUGGAACCAUUCUUAGUCAUAUUAAGUCAGUGGACUCAGGAGAAACAAACAUAGAUGGAGCCAUAGGGCUGACGGCAUCAGAGGAGUUCAUCAAGAUCACCCUGUCAGCUUUUGAAGCAGUGAUACAGUAUCCAGUCUUGCUGAAAGACUACCGCUCUACGGUUAUUGACUAUAUCCUGCCACCCUUGGUCUCCUUGGUUCAAAGCCAGAAUGUGGAGUGGAGACUCUUCAGCUUGAGGUUGCUCUCAGAAACCACAACCCUGCUGGUGAUCCAAGAGCCAGGGGAUGGAGAAGAAGAGGGGAGCUGUGAUUCCGACAGCAGCCUCCUGGCUCUCAUCAGAGAUGAGCUGCUGCCCCAGUAUGAACACAUUCUCCUGGAGCCUGACCCAGUACCGGCCUAUGCUCUGAAGCUGCUUGUUGCAAUGACAGAACACAACCCAGCUUUUACCAGGCUUGUGGAAGAGGGCAAACUGGUCCCACUCAUUUUUGAAGUUAUUUUGGAGCAUCAGGAGAGCAUUCUGGGUAAUACCAUGCAAAGUGUGAUUGCGCUACUGAACAAUCUGGUCGCCUGCAAAGAUUCAAACAUUAAACAGCUCUAUGAGCAAGGACUUGUCAGUCACGUUUGUAACAUGUUCAUGGAAACUGCCGCACUCUGCCUGGACAUUGACAGUAAGAACAAGGAGCUGGCGGCCACGCUGCUCGUGUCAUUGCUGGACAUCCUGCUCCGCAUGCUGACACAUACCUCUGGCGUCGUGCGGCAGGCACUGCAGGUUCAGAAGUCUGGCUUGAGAGGGGACACACAGGCCGCAGAGGACCUGCUGGUACUCAGUAGACCGCUCACAGACCUCAUCAGCUUGCUCAUCCCACUGAUUCCCAGUGAGGACCAUGAGAUCUCUGAGGUCUCAUGCAAGUGCCUGUCCAUCCUGGUCCAGCUGUACGGAGGGGAAGACCCAGAUAGCCUGUCUCCCGAAAACCUGGAAAUCUUUGCUGGUCUCCUGGCAACCAAGGAGGACCCAAAGGAACAAAAACUUCUACUGAGAAUUCUCAGGAGGAUGGUCACCUCCAAUGAAAAACACCUGGAGGGCCUCAAGAAUGCUGGCAGCCUUCUGCAGGUACUGGAGCAGCUGGUUCCAGCUCACAGCUCACCUGUGGACAGCGCGGUGGCUGCCCUGGCCCUGGAACUCCUCCAAGCCGCUGGACAUUAGACCUCAGCACAAGCCCCAUGGGCUGCCCGGGGGAUGUCAGCUUCCACACACUCCCCCUGCUCCCCCCAGCUGCAUGUGGAGCUAAUAAAGUCAGCUGG